GGAGCGGCCCGGCCUCUGCGGGAGGGCCUAGAGGCUCCUCGGCCCGGUGUCUUCUGGCCCCGCACUGGGGCGGCUGCUGCACGAGAGACCAGGGAGGGGGCAGGAAGCCAGGCUGGAAAGUAACGCGGCCCGAGCAGGUUUGGAUAUUUCUUACCUUGACAUUAUACGCUGGAAAGGGCAUGGUGAUGAAAUUGACAAAAGGGUGCAAAUGUAAACGUGGUUGGAAGAGACUUCUCUAAGGAAAUGAUAUUUAAGCUGAGAUGUAAUGCAUGGAAAGGGCCAAGGGAAGAAUAUAAUGGCAAAAAGAAAAUAAGUCCAUCUCAAGAAUUAAUACUGUAAAGAAAACCUGAUGGGACUUCUCCAGAUUGUCCCCAGCCGAUUAAUUUCCCAACUGUAUUGUGGAUUGAAGUCUCCAGUUGCCACAGGAACCAAGAUUUGCCUAACAAUGGCUCGUCCAAGUUCAAGUAUGGCCGAUUUUCGGAAACUUUUUGCAAAAGCAAACCACAUAGUCAUCAUUUCAGGGGCUGGCAUUAGUGCUGAAAGUGGGAUUCCAACUUUCAGAGGAGCCGGAGGUUAUUGGAGGAAGUGGCAAGCUCAGACCCUGGCCACUCCUGAGGCCUUUGCCCAAAACCCGUCCCUGGUGUGGGAGUUCUACCACUACCGGCGGGAAGUCAUACAGCGCGUGAAGCCAAACCCUGGGCACCUCGCCAUCGCUGAGUGUGAGGCCCGGCUGCGUGAGCAGGGCCGCCGGGUCAUGGUCAUCACCCAAAACAUCGAUGAGCUGCACCGCAAGGCUGGUACCAAGAACCUUCUGGAAAUCCAUGGUAGCAUAUUCAAAACUCAAUGUACCUCUUGUGGGGUUGUGGCUGAGAAUUACAAGAGUCCAAUUUGUGAAGCUUUUGCAGGAAAAGGUGCUCCAGAACCCGAAACGCAAGAUGCCAGAAUCCCAGUGGAGAAACUUCCCCGGUGUGAAGAGGCAGGGUGCGGGGGCCUGCUGCGACCUUAUGUCGUGUGGUUUGGAGAAAAUCUGGACUCUGCCAUUCUGGAGGAGGUUGACAGAGAGCUGGCCCUCUGUGACUUAUGUCUAGUGGUGGGAACUUCCUCCUUGGUUUAUCCUGCCGCCAUGUUUGCCCCCCAGGUGUCUGCCAGGGGUGUGCCAGUGGCCGAAUUUAACAUGGAAACCACUCAAGCCACAAACAAAUUCAGGUUUCAUUUCCAGGGGCUCUGUGGUAGGACCCUUCCUGAAGCCCUGGCUCCUCAUGAAACUGAGACGGUUUCUUAAUUGUCCUGGGGAAGGAAGAGAUUGUAAUACAUCUAAGUACCAGGCCAGAAACAGAUGACACACAGUCUUAUGGAUUGGGGAGCUGAGUAUUGGAAGAUCUAAAAAUAUUCUCUGAUUUCCUGGCUGGGAUCCAACCUGUUGAUAAGUGGUAGGGGCCUUAGAGGUAACAGUAGCAAAUAUAGUUACAAGAAGUCAGAGAACUGUAAAGUUAAUGCAUGUUAUUUGGUUUGAACUUAAACAUAACGUACCUUGA